UGUGUGUGUGUAGAAAGUAAAAGAAUUGUUGAUUGCAAAAUAAGCGACAAAGUUGGCAACCUAAAUCGCUCAAGCUGAAGCAAAGUUUGUUUGGUAAUAAGAUAUACGCAAACGGCUAACAGAUGUUGGCCAGCUAGAUUCAGUCGAAUGUCUAAGCAAAGUUUUGCCCGAAUAGCGUUCGACUUGUGUCUGGUGACACAUGUUGCUUAGGAAAUGUAUUUAAAGGAAAUGUUUGUGUUAUUAUAAUGUACAAAGAGACUCGCCAUUAGCCUUGGCCCCAUGUUGGCCAAGUAACCCAGUUAGCCAAGCCAAAUCACCUUGAAGCACUCUCUGCUAUUUGACCUGAACUCCAUUUCCGCUUGACGCUGCAAAUUUUCGCACUAAUAAAAACCAACUGGCUGCAGCCAACUGCUGGCUAGUCUCAGCUUACAGCUUCAUAGUACUUCAGGUGUUCAGUUACCUCCACCCGUAUCCAUCAGAUCACCAUGUUCGCCACCCACUGGGCGCCGUUUGCGCUGCUGCUAGCGAGCUACCUUUGCCUGCUAUCCCUGGCCAAGGGGCAAUGUAAUGAGCGCUGUGUGCGCAGUCCCACGGGGCAGCUAUAUCGCUUUAUACCCGUACGCUUGUAUACGCCGGAACAGCUGGGGGACAGUGUGGAGCUGUUGCGUCAGCCACGUCAACAGCAAAUUGUGCAGGAAGUGAAUGUGGAGAAUAACUUUGGUUUGCCGGGCAGAGGCGGCUUUGGUGGUCCACCGUUUGGCGGACCGUCGUUUGGCAGGCCUGCAUUUGGAGGUGGACCUGGCUUUGGCCGUGGUGGCUUUGGACGUGGAGACUUUGGACGCGGUGGCGGCUUUGGCGGUGGCUUCAGCGGUGGCUUUGGCGGUGGUUUCCGUGGUGGUUUCGGACGUAGCUACGAAGCAGAGGAACCAGAAGAGAAGCCGCAACAACAACAGCCAGCUCCAGUUUUAUAUGCUGCGCCCAGCGUUCCAUCGCCGCCCUGUGCCAAGAAUUAUGUCUUCUCCUGUGAGCCGGUGCUGAAGCCAGUGCCCUGUGGUGAUAUUGAGAGACCAAAGGACUGAUAUUGAUAUCUAAAAAUAAAACCAGAAAAUUAAGAAUUACAA